CCGUAAGUGAUGCUGGCUGCGGCCGCGGCAGGCUGCCAGUGGGUUGGAGGUGCUGGAGGAUGGGGCGCUGCUACCUGUUUGGUCUGUGCUUGCUCCUCGGGCUGCUGAGGGCUGGCCGGGGGCUGCAGAACGUCACCGCCCAGCUCUUCGGGGCCGAGGCCUUCGGGACCCUGGCGGCCUUCGGGGACUUUAACUCGGAUAAGCAGACCGACCUGUUCGUGCUGAGGGGCGGCAAUGAAUUACUUAUCUUUCUGGCAGACCAAAAGGAGCCAUAUUUUAAACCCAAAGUCAAGUUGUCAAUAAAUCAGGGUGUCAUAACCAGUGUGGUUCCUGGAGAUUAUGAUGGUGAUUCACAAAUGGACGUCCUUCUGACAACAAAACCACAAAAUCACAUCACUGAUGAAUUAUCGGUUAUUAUUUUCUGGGGACGCAAUCAAACAUUAGAUUCUAAUCGUAAGACUGUGUUAAAUAAAACUUUUCAUGAUGAGCCUCUAAUUAUGGACUUCAAUGGUGAUUUAAUUCCUGAUGUCUUUGGUGUCACAAAUGAAUCAGAUAGGCCUCAGAUACUGAUAGGCAGAUCAAAAACCUAUUUGGCACAGUAUGCUCUCAGAUACUUAAAACAUGAUCCUGGUUCUGAGCUUCACAAAUUGGAGGAGCAGCUCACAGACUGUUCACCCUUCCAAAGUGCUAAUUUAUAUAUCCUGCCUGGUGAAGAAAAGGAUCACUUCAAUCUGUUCCUUACUACAUUAGCAAGUUCCCAAAACAUUCAGUUUGAAACAUGGGUAAAUAAGGAUGGGAAUUUCUCCAGAGUCACAUACAUAAAGCAAAAACCUGAAGACACGGUGGUUGUUGGACAAUCAGUGUUUGCCGAUUUUGAUGGGGAUGGGCAAACUGAGCAUUUACUGCCAGCCUGUGCUGAUGUAACUUGUCAUAAAAGUGCCAUCUACUUAUCUAAACCAGGACUCAAUCAGUGGAUACCAGUGUUACAGGACUUCAGAAAUAAGGACACACUCUGGGGUUUUGUGCCGUAUAAAAACAAUCAAUCCUCAGUUCCAAUUACUCUUCACAUUGGAGAUUACAAUAUGGAUGGCUACCCAGAUGCUCUUGCUAUACUAAUGAAUACUUCUGGAAGCAAUCAGCAGGCAUUUUUAUUAGAGAAUGUCCCAUGCAACAAUGCAAGCUGCAGGAGCGUACAUCGUAUGUUUAAAGUCUACUGGGAACUCUCUGAUCUAAAUCAAAUCAAAGAUGCUGUGGUGGCAACCUUCUUUGACAUUUAUGAAGAUGGAAUCUUGGAUAUCAUUGUACUAAGCAAAGGCUAUUUCAACAGUGAAUUUGCCAUCCACACAUUAAAGAAUAACUUUGAAGCAGAUGCUUAUUUUGUUAAAGUUAUUGUUCUUAGUGGCCUCUGUUCUAACGAUUGUCCUAGUAAAAUAACACCCUUUGGUGUGAAUCAGCCUGGACCUUAUAUCAUGUACACAACCGUAGAUGCAAAUGGGUAUGCGAAAAAUGGUUCAGCUGGACAACUUAGCCAGUCAGCUCAUUUCGCUCUCCAGUUGCCUUACAAUGUGCUAGGUUUGGGACGCAGUGCUAAUUUCCUUGAUCACUUAUACGUUGGCAUUCCUCGUCCUUUAGGAGAAAAGUCCGAAAGAAAACAGGAAUGGACAGCUAUCAUCCCGAACUCCCAACUUAUAGUCAUUCCAUAUCCACACAACGUUCCUCGAAGCUGGAGUGCCAAGCUGUACCUGACCCCAAGUAACAUUGUGCUGCUCACAGCUAUAGCCCUAAUUGGUGUCUGCGUUUUUAUCUUAGCAAUAAUUGGCAUAUUGCACUGGCAAGAAAAGAAAGCAGAUGACAGAGAGAAACGACAAGAAGCCCAUCGGUUCCAUUUUGAUGCUAUGUAACAUGCCUUAAGAUCUAUGAAGAAGCUGCUAUUCAUUUGCUUAAUCAAAACACAAAAUUCCAAUUUGUAAAGGAGAUCGGGGGAGGUGGGGUAUUGUUAGUGUGUUAUUUGUAAAUGUUGCAUUCUUUGGUAUUUAUUUGAAAAGCACUAAAAUCAGACCUGAAUGUCUCAAUAUGAGCUUUCAGUAAACAGUUUGUAUAUACUGGCAGUUAUUGGCCUUUAUUUAGCAACGCUGUCAAUUUAUUUUUCUUAGUAAGGGAUCAUAUUGCAUGUGUUCCAAUGUUUACAUACUGCCACUUCUUCCAGUACAACAUUUGAUGGAAAAGAAGUCACAUGUAAAUGAAGUUAGUAUUUCAGUGAGAAGAAUCCUUUAGUGCCAGUUGAGUUGGUCUUGUCAUUUAUACAUUUCUGCAAUAUAAAUUAUAUUUCUGUAAAUGAACCUAAUGCAGAUUUUCAGAUGAGACAUUUUACAUCAAUUACUAUAACUGUACUCUUGGGGUGUUUGAUCUAAAGUGUCUAGAUCUUUUUUUCCUUUGUUUUAGUACUUACAUGCAAUAGUUAGAGAAUUUAUUUACUGAAUGACUGAAAUAAAUCUACAAAGCUAAUAGCCAAAUAACCAAUCAUUGGACAUCUGUACUGUUGAUGUAUAUUAGUUCUAGGCAUGAAGCAUUCAAAUUUAAAAAAAUAAAUAAAAUCUAAGUUUAUACUGAAAUUAAUUAUCAUAAUCCAAAAUAUGUAAAAAUUAUGCCUUCCAAGAAUGGAUGGGAUCAGAAGAAUUUUGCUUGAGUAUUGAUGCAUAUCAAUGUGACUAUACUUACAUUUAAUUAUGAAAACAAAUGGCCAUCAAAAUUAUGAAUGGAAUUUGAUUUUCUUGGGGAAAAGCUUAAAGAAAAACCUGUAAAGGAGACUGGGGUUGAUUCCUAUGUUUGGCCUGCCUGUUUCCAUCCCAAAGGCCAUUGAUGAUUAAGGGCUGAGGUAUUCUAUGGUUCAUAUAAAGUCCUUGAUGUAAACUUCUUACAUGAGAGCAUGUUAUGCUACUGUCCCCACAUUCUGUCGGAAGAGAGUAGUGAUUAUGUGUGAAGAGAAACUCAGUUCUGUAUAUUCAAAAUGUCAAUAGCUUUCCAUCAUUCAGAUUACACUGCAGCAAUGGUAAUACAUAUUCCCUGAGAACCAUCAUGCUUUUGUUUUAUGUAAUACAGUUUUCCUUUGUUCUUAAAAUGGUUUGCAUUUACAUGAUUCUCUGUGUAUUUAAAUCUGUUAAUGUGCAUUCAUAAUAAAUGUUUAUUAAAUCAA